CAAACCAGGAAAUAUGUCAGUCGUUCAUUCCACCAACAAAAAGAAUGUUACCAAGAUCCAACCAGUUUCACCGGUAAACACUUGUGACCGACCAUCCACGCAGCAUGUCAACACUAUGAAUCAUAAAACUUCUGCUUCGUCUGUCCCAAUAGUCGUUAUUGAAUCCUUCAAACAUUGUUUUGCUUGCAAAAAGUUUAUCGGAAACAUGGUCGACAUCUAUAUAUACAUGGAUAUGGCCUUCUGCAGCAACGAAUGUAGAAGCAAGGAAAUGGAUAAAGUCCCCGAAAAAAUGCCCAAGAAACAUGUGACGGUGAACAUGAGAAAGAGAAGUCGUAAGGACAAGGCACCAAAAAGGGCUGCCAUUGCAUAACUUGAUGCAUGAUUCUUCUAUUCUCAACAGUGGAAGAAAAUGAUUUUCGUGUCAAGAUGAUAUUAUUGUAAUUUUGCUAUUUAGGGUUUCAUUCUCUUACAACAAAUUAAAUAUGACGAAAUAAUUAGAUUAU